AUGCCACCCUUUGGCAACCGUCGACAUAUUCCUCGAGCAGUGAAGGAAACCUUAGUGGUUCUCUCAGGUCACUUCAAAACAUCUGUCAUUGCGAGGACUCUCGACGUGAACCUGCGGACAGUGCAGCGCAUCCUCCAGCUUGCGCACAGGAGCGGGUCAGUAGUUCGAACACCCUUGCGAAGUGGGCGCCCGCGCAUCCUCAAUGGGCUCGAUGCUGCGUAUCUCGAGAGCUGUAUUGAACGAACGCCCGACCUGUACUUCGAAGAGUUGCAAGUUGAGCUCUACAGUGCUCGUGGCAUCCUUGCAAGCUGCAUGACAAUUGCUCGCACUUUGCGGCAUCGUGGAUUCACACAGAAGAAUAUCUCCGUGCCAGCCCUCGAGCGUAAUGAGGAUCACAGAGAUGCAUAUCUCAUCAACAUAGGUGAGCAUUACCGUGCCGAUCAGCUUGUCUUCGUGGACAAGUCAGCAUGCAAUCGGUUUACGACGAGGCGCACCAUGGCGUGGGCCAGGAUUGGCCACCGUGCAAGGCGACAUGAUCGCUUCGUGCGCGGAAAGCGAUAUUCAGUACUCCCUGCACUCUCGUUGGAUGGUGUCCUGCAUCUCGACGUGCAAGAUCACACAUACAAAGCGGAAGAGUUCAACAGCUUCAUUGAUGGGCUACUGGACAACAUGAAUCCCUUCCCGCAACCUAACUCAGUGAUUGUGAUGGACAAUGCCAGUAUACACAAGUCUCAGCAUCUUGCGGACAUGAUUGAGGCACGAGGCAUGCGUCUCUUAUAUCUACCCCCAUACUCACCCGACUUCAAUCCAAUCGAGGAGGCGUUCUCGGCUAUGAAGGCAUGGAUUAGGUUGCACAGAGAUUAUGUGUGUGGUGAGCUCACCGGUGAAGUCACAUGUGAUCCAUUUGAGAUGUUGUGGCGGGCUGUGUUCAGUGCGAUGACUCCGGAGAAAGCAUUGGGGUGGUUUCGUGACUGCAAGUAUGUUGCAUAG